UCGCUUCUCAGAUUCACCGAAGAUGACUCCCUCUGUUUUCGAUUUACUAUGCACGUGAGCCUGAGUGGAUGUGUACAUAUAUUUAUGUAUAUGCGUGAGCUUUUGGCUCCUCAAAAGCCUUGGGUCAGUGUUUUAGGCGAAAUAGGAUGGCGAUGAGAAGGCGGUGAGCAGUUUUUAUGUAUUUAAUUCAUUCCUAAGACAAAAAUGUUUCCUUUUUUAUUCAGGAAGUGGAGACCUAGAAGAUAUGCUCUCUUGAUUACUACAUCUUCUUCUCCAUCUUACGUAAGAUGGAGAAGAAGGCGCCUAUCACUUUUCCUUUUGCACAACAUAAGUAUCUUAAAAAGUGCAAUCAUGAGGAGGAUAGGCUGAGUCGAUUGCCUUGUGAAAUUCUUGUGACUAUCUUAUCCCGGUUGGCAGUGAAAGAAGCUGCGAGAACUAGUGUCCUUUCACGCGGAUGGGAAAAUCUGUGGAAAUAUUCCACCGGCGUUUUCAAUUUUGAUGAUGUGGAGGCAGUGCGUGGCUUGAUAGACAGAAGUAAAUGGCGCUUGAGGAUGAAAGGACUACUUAUAUAA